CUUUUUUGUUUUUUUCCUCUCUGUGUUCCCCCUAUAUGAUUAUUGCCUGCUCCCUUCCUGCUUUUUUUUUUUUUAGUACACAACACUUAGCCUUUGUGUCACACACCGGUAUGCAUGUUCUCACACAGACAUACAAGCACAUAUGGGCACAAGGUUUAGGUUCUCAGUGGGCAAAGGCUUUUUAACAUGAUGUGCAUUCUCACCACCGCACACUAGGUUCAUGGCUUCCUUGAAACUUUUGUUUUGAUGCUUCUGCCUCAGUCUGACUGGUCUCUGUUGGUUGUUACCGAUUUCUCAUCUACUAUGGAGUCCCUGUCCUCUUUUCAUGGGGGCCAAGAUAGCCAUGUUUUACAAGUGGGAAACAAACUGUUACUGAAAGGCCGCCGUCGCAAAAGGGAGUUCAUACCUAAGGAGAGGAAGGAUGCCCUGUACUGGGAGAAACGUCACAAGAACAACGAGGCAGCCAAACGGUCACGGGAGAAGAAAAAGAUGAAUGAUUUUGCUCUGGAGACUCAUCUCAUGGCUCUGAAAGAAGAAAAUGCCCGGCUUAGUGCGGAAUUAUUGGCUAUCAAGCUCCACUUUGGCCUGGUCCAUGCUGCAACAUACACUGAUCAUCAAAGUAGCCAACUGCAACAACGUGUGCACGGCUGCAUGCUGCCCGUCUCUGCUCCCAGCACCCAGCACCAGUCCUUGCAGAAGGACUACUACUGGGGCAAUAGACACUCAUCUCUAAUGUCCAGCCAACAAGUUUCUCAACCUCUUCUUGUCCCUACAUAUGCCCUCCAUACCAUGACAGGCUAUUCAUACUUAAACACAUCUAGUAAUCCUACCCCUGGCCUCCUCUCUCCUCUUGUCGUCCCUCGAAAUCUCCUGCCCACCCAAUCAUACCGUCCAGCAGCUUCUCCACUGAAACCCACCCAAUCAUACCGUCAAGCAGCUUCUCCACUGAAACCUAUUCCUAAGAGAGCCACCUCAGAUGAGAAAGAGGAGCAGCAGGUCCCAGGAGUGCUGUCCCUGUCCUGCGCUGCUCCACCUCGCAGAAUCACCGCCAAAAGAGACAGAGACUAUUCACCACCACGACAAUACAUGUUCAGCUGACUGUCCAAUAUAUAAUGGUUUACCCUACUGUAAAGCUGUUAGACUAACUGAAUAAGAAACAAUUUUAUACUGUCAAAUAUUCCUCUUCACACAGUAACUUUAAGAGCUUUAUUUUUGCAUAAAAAGGAGUUUUAGUUUACAAGAUAUUUCACCGUCCAGACUCUCUACUUUUGUGUCACAGCACACAAUGACAGCUCUAUGCUGAAUGAUGAUGAUCUGUAAUAUAUCAACAUAUUGCUCGCCUCCCCCUAAAAAGAAAAAAAACUAUAAGCAUUUAAUCUAUUUAUGUACGAUCUCACGGUACACCACGCUGAAUCACAAAAAUAGAGCUCUGAAGUUCUCCUUUCUGUGUACUGUGUUGAACAUGUCUAAGUUGAGAAGAUAUACAGAUAUGGGUAAUGAAAACGAUGAGAAGUCGCGAAUCUCAGCUCACCAUCCUUGCUUCAGAGGACAAGGAUUCCACCUGCUCCAAGCAGCAGCAACAUUACCUUUCUUUAACAUGUACAGUAUAAAUAUUGACUGCAUCUGUGACAGAACAAGAUGUGUCAAAUGUCAAUUUGUACUUUGUUGAUGGAUAAACAUUACAUGGUGCUAUCGUACUGCAAUGUACAUCUGUUAACCUGCAGAAUCAUUUAUUUCUCACCUUUUCCAUACAGUGAAAUGCAGUUGAAAACAUGACUAAAAAUAAAAGUUUUAAAACGA